AUGGUUGACCAACACCACCUAUCUUCCGGGGGACUGCCCAACGCACCAAACAACGAGCCGUCAAACCUAUGGAUCCGGCGCACACCCAACGGGCCUCAUGUGGCUCCUCUCAAUCAAGCCAAGCGCGGGGCGAGUCCUCCAUCCAAUGACUGCAAGCCCAAUGUCAGACCCAAGAAUGUUGCCCCAAUCCCGGCCCAGGAACCACCGUUGACAAGGACAAACUGGAUGAACCAGGCCAGUCAGGUGGCCCCGGAUCCCUUGCCAACACCCCAACCCAACUGGAUCCCACAAGGCCAACGUCCAAAUGGCCCCGCCGCAAGCCCAUGCUAA